AUGUGCUGCACGUGGGUGAACCCGGAGGACGUGAUGCUGAGUGACAUAAGCCUGUCGCAGGGGGACAAAUACUGGAUGAUUCGACUCACAAGAGAGCAGCAAAGAGUGAUGCUUCUCAGCAGGUCCCCCUCCGGGCCCAAGAAGUACUUCCCCAUCCCCGUGGCGCACCUGGAGGAGGAGAUCCGCGUCCGGUCGGCGGAUGACUGCAAGCGCUUUCGGGAGGAGUUCAACUCGUUGCCAUCUGGACACAUACAAGGAACUUUUGAACUGGCCAAUAAAGAAGAAAAUAGAGAAAAAAACAGAUAUCCCAACAUCCUUCCCAAUGAUCAUUCCAGGGUGAUUCUGAGCCAAGUGGACGGAGCCCCCUGUUCAGACUAUAUUAAUGCUUCGUACAUAGAUGGUUACAAGGAGAAGAAUAAAUUCAUAGCGGCUCAAGGUAAGCUUCUUGCUGUUCUUUUCAAAACGGGAUUUUGUCUGUCCAAGCUGUCCCUGAGCAGGGGCCACACAGGGGUGUCCCGAAUCUCACAGAGCCUUGCGAUUCGAGGCUGGCGCUCCAUUGACCCCGAGUGUCAGCAUGUCCUGGGAGCUGCUCAGACGUGCUACGUUCACACCUGCCUCUCACAGCUCCCCGAUGGCUGCAAAGCCCCGCGGCUGGUCUCCCAGCUGCACUUCACCAGCUGGCCCGACUUUGGAGUGCCUUUCACCCCCAUCGGGAUGCUGAAGUUCCUGAAGAAAGUGAAGGCCCUCAACCCCGCCCAUGCCGGGCCCAUAGUGGUCCACUGCAGCGCCGGUGUGGGCCGGACGGGCACCUUCAUAGUGAUCGAUGCCAUGAUGGACAUGAUGCACGCUGAGCACAAGGUCGACGUCUUCGACUUCGUGUCGAGAAUCCGCAACCAGCGUCCUCAGAUGGUUCAAACAGAUAUGCAGUACACGUUCAUCUACCAAGCCUUACUGGAGUACUACCUCUACGGGGACACCGAGCUGGAUGUGUCCUCUCUGGAAAACCACCUGCAGACGCUGCACGGCACCUCCACCCACUUCGACAAGAUCGGGCUGGAGGAGGAGUUCAGGAAACUGACAAAUGUCCGGAUCAUGAAGGAGGACAUGAGGACAGGCAACCUGCCGGCCAACAUGAAGAAGGCCAGAGUCAUCCAGAUCAUUCCGUAUGACUUCAAUCGGGUGAUCCUUUCCAUGAAAAGGGGUCAAGAAUACACAGACUACAUCAACGCCUCCUUUAUCGACGGCUACCGACAGAAGGACUAUUUCAUCGCCACCCAGGGGCCCCUGGCGCACACGGUGGAAGACUUCUGGCGGAUGGUCUGGGAGUGGAAGUGCCACACGGUCGUGAUGCUGACGGAGGUCCAGGAGCGAGAGCAGGAUAAAUGCUACCAGUAUUGGCCAACAGAGGGCUCAGUGACUCACGGCGAAAUAACAAUCGAAAUAAAAAGCGACACGCUUUCCGAAGCCAUCAGCAUACGGGACUUCCUGGUCACUUUCAAUCAGCCCCUGGCCCGCCAGGAGGAGCAGACCCGACUGGUGCGCCAGUUCCACUUCCACGGUUGGCCCGAGAUCGGGAUCCCGGCGGAGGGCAAAGGCAUGCUCGACCUCAUCGCGGCCGUGCAGAAGCAGCAGCAACAGACCGGCAACCACCCCAUCACUGUGCACUGCAGUGCUGGAGCCGGGCGAACAGGUACAUUCAUCGCGCUCAGCAACAUUCUGGAACGAGUGAAAGCCGAGGGCCUUUUAGACGUAUUCCAAGCUGUGAAGAGUUUACGACUUCAGAGACCGCAUAUGGUGCAAACCCUGGAACAGUAUGAAUUCUGCUACAAAGUGGUACAAGAUUUUAUUGAUAUAUUUUCUGAUUAUGCUAAUUUCAAAUGA